UUUAGUUUUUUUGCAAAUCACUCUGUGUAUUGUUUUGCAAAAAGUGUGAGGCUGGCAUUGUGCUUAUAGUGGUGCACAUCUGGGCCAACGUUUUUCUCCUUGAAUGUAAGGUUUUGAUAAUUGUGUAAUACUUUCGAAGCAAACGGCAAAAACUGUAAGUAGUUUGACAUUAGAAUUUACGCGGUUCCCGUGAACGCAGCAAUGGACCGAGUCGAUCAGCGACUAGUUACCGACUGUCCUGGCUCCUGAUAGCAGACACACCCACACUUUAUUCUGUUCACUGAAAUAGUGAUGAGCUCACUUACGAGACUUCUAGACUACACGAAUGGGGACUCCGGGCGCUUCUGGGAGCGAAGACUGUGCUUUCUGCCAAAUAGCGAACAACCAAACUGACGUAGAAAUCCUGCUAAGUGACGGUGAGCUGCUUUGUUUUCGUGACAUAAAACCUAGCGCCACACAUCAUUUCCUCGUUGUUUCCAGGACGCAUAUCAUCAACUGUAAAACUCUUCAGGGGAACGACGUGCCUCUAGUGGAGCGGAUGGAAAAAAUGGGAAGGAGUAUACUAGAGAAGAACAAAGUCAGCAACCUGAAUGAUGUUAGGAUGGGGUUUCACAUGCCUCCAUUCUCAUCAGUUCCCCACCUCCACCUCCACGCUCUGGCUCCAGCCAGUACCAUGAACUUCAAGUCGCAGCUUCGCUACGGACCGCAGUCUCACUGGUUCAUCACAGUCGACAAAGUUCUUUCUCAGUUGAAGACUCGCGGCAAGGUCAAAUAAAGAGGUACAAGAGCCUGAAGGUGCAACAGUCUACUUUUAUGUUGACAGGUUAUUUAUUGUCACCCCGCUUCACUGAGUGUAAUUUUAAAUCAGUUCUCUAUCUGACUUGACAUUUUUGUGUCAAUGAUUUAUGUUGUACAGUACAUUCCUAUAUUCCUAUGCUGCUUGGUGGUUCAGUUGUGAAGAGAAAAGUGGAAUAAAAGGCAAUUUUUCUUUUAAGGUCGAAGCUGAAAAAGUUCGACCUUUCCACAAUUAUUUUUUUAAUAAUUCAUCCUAAUCCUAUCUAAUGUCAUGUUGUGCAGUGAGGAGAGAAUUACUACUUUUUGAAUAUACACUAUAUAUUUUUAUUUAAAUUCAAACCUUAAAGACUAACUUAAAAACUGAAAAUAUACUUCAUAUCCUGCAACAGUAUAAAAUAUAUCUAAUCAUGUAAUUGUACCGUUUUACCGUUAAUAAGUCAGUAUUUAAUGGGAAAUACAAUAAUUUUGUUUGUAUUGUUGUCUGUGUAUAUUAGGGGGGUCAAUUGAAAACAGCUGCUUACCUUUGAUAUCUCUGUGUCAUAAUAACCUGAUGCACUGGGGUGCAAUCUGUUUUUGUAUAAGGUAUUAAUAAAAGAUUUUGAGAAGCUCCAAA